GUGUGCGCCACGGAUCUUCAGUCUGUUGUUGGGAGAUUUUAGUGCAAUUGAUUAGUGCUUUCUUUUAUUGUCCUGCAUUUGGAGAUCUAGGUGCUUUUUUGUUGUUGUUGUUGUUGUUGUAAAAAGAAAUUAAGAAACGUCGUUUUUUAAUUGGAUUCUGUCUAAGGAGGUAGAAUAUCUGAUCAAACAAAAGAAGAUAAGUUGCUGAAAGUAGAAAUUGAGAAGAUAGAAAGUCAGACCGGUUUGGAACAACAUAAAGAAUGAAAUCUGCAUUACAUGCUACUGAAGAUGGAGUUUGUUAAAGAGGAGAUUAAAGAGGAGAGUGAAGACGUCAGUAUUUCAGAACCAUUCAGCCUGAAGAAUGAAGAUACUGAGGAACAAAGAGAGCUGAUGGAAGUGAAAGAGGAAAGUCAAGAACUGAAUGAAGUGGAGAAGAAACAUCAGUAUCAGAAACCUGACGAUUUCUUAAUCUGUGAAGAAUUGUUUAGUGGCUCACAGACUGAAAAUAAAUUCUCACAUAAAAGAACUCAAAGAACAAAAACUGCAAAUUCUUUCACCUGCCAUCAGUGUGGAAAGAGUUUUGCUCAAAAAGGAAGCCUUAAUGUCCACAUAAGAACUCAUACUGGAGAAAAGCCAUUCACAUGCUUUCAGUGUGGAAAGAGUUUCACACACAAAACAAGUCUUCAGGAUCAUUUGAGAAUUCACACUGGAGAGACCCCAUACAUAUGCCUUCAGUGUGGAAAGAGUUUCUCACUAAAGGGAAGCCUUAAUAUCCACAUAAGAACACAUACUGGAGAAAAGCCUUUUCCAUGCCUUCAAUGUGGAAGGAGUUUCUCACACAAAAAUGCCCUUAAGGAUCACAUGAGAAUUCACACUAGAGAGAGGCCUUUCACAUGCCCUCAGUGUGGAAAGAGUUUCAAACAUAAAAGAAGCCUUAAAACUCACAUAAGAAUUCACACUGGCGAGAAGCCUUUCACAUGCCUUCAGUGUGGAAUGAGUUUCACAUACACAAAUGCGCUUAAAGAUCACGUGAGAAUUCACACUAGAGAGAGGCCUUUCACAUGCCCUCAGUGUGUAAAGAGUUUCAAACAUGAAAGAAGCCUUAAAACUCACAUAAGAAUCCACACUGGUGAGAAGUAUUUCACAUGUCUUCAGUGUGGAAAGAGUUUCAAACAUAAAAAAAGUCUUAUAAUUCACAUAAGAAUUCACACUGGCGAGAAGCCUUUUACAUGUCUUCAGUGUGCGAAGAGUUUCACAAAUAAAACAACCCUGAAAGCCCAUAUGAAAUAUCAUUCAGGAGAGAAAUUACAUCACUGUCACUCUGGAGAAAGGCCAUUUAACUGUGAUCAUUGUGUUAAAAAAUUUGUCUGUUCUACACACCUAAAAACACACUUGAAAAUUCAUGGUAAUGAGAAGCCUUACAUGUGUUCUUGUUGUGAAAGGAGUUUUUCAGAGCUAGCCAAUUUUAAACAACACCAGAAAAUACAUGCUGGUGUGAAAGCUCAUGUGUCAUCGGAGUGUGGUAAAGCCUUUGUCCGAAUUAGCACCUUGAAACAGCACCAAAGAGUUCAUACAGGAGAAAAACCUUACAAGUGUUCACAUUGUGAAAAGAGUUUUGCUCAUCCAAGACUACUGAUAACACAUGAGAAAGUGCAUACUGGAGAGAAGACAUAUGACUGCACCCAAUGUGGGAGGAUUUUCAGCUCAUCAAGUACUCUACGGAGACAUUUAAAAAAUAAUUGCCCAAAGUUGUCACAGUGAGCAAACUUCAUCUUGAGAAUCUUGGAAGAAAGAUUAUUUUGGUCAUUGCAAUAUGCCUAUAUUUUCAGAGACAUUAUGAUGAGAUGAGUCAUUCCUAUACAUAGGAAUGGGAAAAACUGUCACACUGUGACGACUUGUAGGACUGGAAUACAGUUAAAAGCCAAUCACCUUUUUGAUAGAGACAAUGCGUGUCUGUUUAUUUGAGAAUACGCAAUCGCAUUAGCUGGAUCAGAAGCUUAAUUAGUGCUUUUUAGGUUUUUUUGACCACAUCCUUCUGAUAGAGUGAGGCCGUUCUCCAAAUUGCGAGCGCAGUAACACAUUAGUACAUCACAAGGAGACGUAAGCGACUGCGUAGCCACAUGGAGUUGCACUCUUGAGAUGACCCAGUACUGGAGAGGCCUCAUGUGUAACAAACCCAGAGGAAUGACAGCUGUGGAGGCCAUCAGCUUGACCAUACAACAUUGAGGGGAUAAUUCCAAAUGCUCUCCAUCAUUUUGACAGAUAAAAAGAAAUGAGAGCAAAAUUUAAACCUAGUUCAUCCCUUUUUCAUUUUAACCAGCUAUGUGGCUACACUCUCUCUCGCUCUCUCUCUCUCUCUCUCCCGUGCAUGAUAGUAAGGUGCAAAAAGCUAUAAGAACAAAAAGAAGACAAAAUAUCGGCACACCAGUUCUCCCAACUAUUACACUUGAAUUUAAUAUAAGCAGAAGUGCAAUAUUUCGGGCAGAAUUCUCAGUUAUUUUAGUGGAGUACCUGUAUUAUCUGAGAUUCAGGUGAGCAUGCUUCUCAUUUGUAUCACUGCAUGUUGAUAUCAGACACACUGAAGAAGAUCCGUCAAGUUCAUAUGCAUGUAUAUCAGGGUAUGAAAUUAACAUUGUUGCCCACCAGCCACAGUGGUGGGUGAAUGCAAUUUUAACUGCCACUAGAUUUUUUUUAGAUUUUUUACCAGUCACUUUGAUUUUUCUCUCUCUCUCUCUCUCUCUCACACACACACACACACACACACACACACACAAACUUGUAUUUAUAUAAUUUUGGGGAGUCUCCAUAGACUUCCAUGCAUUUUAUGGAUUUUAUAUAGAGCUAACAAUAAUUUCUAUACCCUAACCCUACCCCUAAACCUAAACCUAAAAAAACAUCGUUUAGUAUGUUUAAUAAGCCUUUUCCCUCAUGGGGACCGUUGGCUGGGCCCCACAAGGUAGGUGAUUCAGGUUUUACUAUCCUUGUGGGGACAUUUGGUCCCCACAAUGUAGUAUUAACAUAGCACACACACAGCAAAAUCCCCGGUGUUAAAUUAACACUCCUUGGCAUCUCCAUGAAUCCACUCUACAAGAGUGUUAAAAACUAACACUGAACAGUGUUGAAUCUAUUCUGUGUUGCUUUGAAUGUUGAAUUGCCCCAAAGGGAUAAUUAAAGCUACACUAUGUAAUUUUUGGCCAUCUAGCGGUUAAAAAAUAAAACUGCAUGCGUCUUGCGGAAGGACAUUAUUUUGGUUGUGCUACGGCUCUGCUCCUCUGCGCGGAUGAAUGUGGUUCGAUGCACCGGUGUACACAUUAAUACAGGACAUCUUAUCAGAGCGAAUGGACAAAUAAAUAAUGAAAGAACGGAAAAGACAGAUAUCCGAAAACAUGUCUUCCGAGCAGAUAUGUGCCAUAUCUUAUGCUGUUGUUUUGACUUAUUGGAAACAUUGGUGUUUUAAAAUAAAUUACGUUACAAAAGUUAGGAAACGUUUGUUAACAUUAGACACAAUGAUUGCUAGUCUGAUGAGGUCAAACGUUGUACAUUUUUUUAUAACUGCAGGACAUUCUGGCCAAAUAGACCACGGUAGUAACAAAUUUAUAGGUUGUCAUUGUUACCAAGCAGUGGUCAACAUCAUUUCAAGACUCACAUGUCAUUGGCAAGCCUAGGACUAAAGGAUUUAUUAUAUAAAUGAUUGCCAUUAUAAAGAAAAAUACACACGUGUGCUAGCAAGUGAAAAGUUCUGCACCGAUUACAGUAUAAUUAUUGUAUUUCACUACACACACACACACACACACACACACAGACGUGUGUGUGUGUGUGUGUGUGUGUGCGAUUACACAACUAUACAUUAUCAGUAAAAUAUCUUACCUGUUGAGUAAGAAAAAAGCCAUCUCUGGGUCGCUUUUAAAUCCUUUCAGUUGUCGCCACCUCUGAAAAGCCAAGCCGAUGUUGAUUCGGGUUUUAGUACGGACUCUGUCACUUUCCCUUUUUGCUUGUGGACUCGGGGUUUAUUUGUUUUUACAACCGGUGAUUCCCCAGAGGUUUGCCAUUUUGAUUGAUCCAUGGUCAAUUUUUCUCGUUCAUCGUGACAACAGAUUUUCAGCUUUAGCUACUCCCACACAUGCGCUACACUAACCGGAUCUUAUUUUCUCUGUGUACGGAUAUAACGUCAACACGCACAGGCGGGCGAAUGAUGUAUGUAUGCAAUUUCCUGCGAAAUCCGUUCCGACAGCUCUAAUAUAUUUAUAAUAUAAUAUCAUUAUUAUGGGUUUAUCAAAGUGUAUUUGGAUAAAGUAAAUACAUGGUUUGGAAGAUUUUUGUUGCACUCUCUAACAUUUAAUUUUUUUAACAAAAAUUGUUUAUAUAGUGUAGCUUUAAAUAAAGUAUGUUCACUCUCUGAGUGAUGAUUGAUCAGUCAUUUAGUGAUGACACCUGCUGUUAACAAAACCUGUGUACAAGAGUUAUUUUUAAUAGAGGUAUGUCUCUAUUUAGUGUUGCUGAUGUCACUUUAUUUCAUUUGAAGUCACCAUUAUGGUGAUUAGUGUUCACUUUGGUUAGACAAUUGAACUUUAUUUCAUUAUACAACAAAUUCUUUCCAGCCAGUGCAAUAUUGUUCAAGAGAACAACAAUAAUGCAUCGUGAUGGGAAAAAAAAAAAAUGUAGUUGAGCUAAAGUAUGUCUUACUAAGACUUAAAACAAAAAAUAAUUUGGCAUUUUUAUAUGAUUUGCGAAAAAUCAUUUUUAAAUUCAGAUUAAAUGUGGUAAUAAAGAUGAGUUGCUGCAGUGUUAUUGUGACAAGUUGAGCAGUUACUGUCUUUUAAGUAUAUCAUUAUUUGAGCUGUCAGUAAGAC